UCAGAGGGCCGAGAAGUUUGCUCUAGGAGGCUUAGCGCCUCUUGGAAGCAAAGAUCUAGGUCCCACAAGCGAUGAGAAAGUUCAUGAGCUUCUUCAUGAAGCAAGUUCAGAUGAGGAGUCCCAAACGCAAGACGCUUCACCGGAGACUGAAAGAAAAAUGCUACACCAACAUCAAAAUUCACGGAGCUAUGUUGCCUCAGCUGCUGCUGCUACAGUAACGGAAUUAUAUAUAGGAAGAUCCGGAAACAUGAAGGAUAAAGUUCCUAUGGGCUGUCACAGACCUCGCUCUGUUUGUAUACACGCACGCAAUGGCCAAAUCGAUGCUAGAGCGUUAAUAUCAAAAUUGGCUGAAGCUGAAGCACCAAUUACCCACAUCCAGCGACUAGGAAAUGGUGACAUGGAAAUAACAUUCCCUUCCAUAGAGGUGAGAAACAAGUUUUUCUCCUUACCUUUUGUCCACUCACCCAGACGGAUUUUUCACAAGCCUGCGGAACUCCUGCUUGACACCGUCCGGCAUAAAUUUAGCCAGUUUGGUCAGGUUUUAUUUGCCAGGGAAAAUGAUGUCCCUGAUACUGGUGUGUUUACCUGUUGCGUGACAAUGAAAAUGAUAAUUUCCGAGCCCAUACCCAGUUAUGUACACCUAGGUCCCUAUUGUUUGUUGGUUCGCCAUGAUGGUCAACCACAAACUUGUCGCAAAUGCGACAGUAGGGACCACUUUGCAGUUAACUGCAACGUCAAGAGGUGCUACAACUGCGGAGGAAGUGGCCACAUUAAUGUAGACUGUCCUAUGGAGAGUCAAUGCCAAGGUUGUGGGUCCACUGGGCACCACAUUAUACAGUGUGACACCUCAUGGGUGGUCGAGCAAGAGGAACAAAAUCAUAGGCCUCACCUCGAGCAAGAAGGAAAACCCCCCCCAGCAACAGAAAGCCCUUCAAUGCAAGAAGAUACUCUGUCACCCAGACCAUCAGAAGAGCCUCCAGCUCCAGCAGACAAAGCCGAAGUAGUCUUUCCUGACCCACCACCACCUCUAGACUGGGCAAACUCCCAACCGGAUGACACAGUGCCUCCAACAACAAACAAAGUAACCGUCCUGAUCCUUUGCCUGCUGAGACAGCAGAGCCGCCAUCUGACUACAACGAUCAUCAAGCCACUACAGACAGCGCAGAAACCAAUGCAAACCAGAGGAACGCAAUCAUGAAACCCUGGUAUGAAAAUCUCUCUUUUGCCUCACCCGAAUCACCAAACAAGACAAACUCACCAUCUCUCUUCUCCUUUUUGCCUCCUUCUUCUUCUGUCAAGGCUGGCGCCCCGGCUGCUUCCAAGAGGCCCUUUCAG